CUGUUCAGGUACAAAUUUCUUCUGUACUUGACAAUGGCAAUUGUAAAAGAGAUUGAGUUUAUACUUUCCAUGCCGUGAUACCCAGAACCUACAAGGAGUUUCAGAAGGCCCUACCGUCGGUGCUGACAUGAAGUUCUAAAGUUUAUUGUUAACAAACUACUUUCAAAAUCUUCAAACACCAUGAGACGAAGAGAAGGCAAUAGACUACAAAUUGCUCACUUUUUACUCGUUCCGGAUAGGUGUUGCUUUCCUUUUUUAAUAACAAAAAAAGCAUGUGCAUGUUAGUGAUUUAACAUGGUAUGGAAAGGGAAAGCGGUGAGAGAUAAUGUAGGAACCCGCGCGGCCCAGCGCACCACGUUAGCGUUCCCGACUCUGGCGGUGUCUCCCUUGGGACUGGCCCUGGCGGCUUCUGGCAAAGAACCCGAGCCCUCUCGCGGCGGGACGGCGGCGAGAAGCCACAGGUCCCUUUAAGGAGCCCUGCGGACCGAGUCCGCGGAGCGGAGGGGGCAGAGGAGGGCUCGCGAGCGCUCGCCACGUGACUCUGCUGCCAAGUUUGCUGGCGAGUUUGACAGGAGUUUGCUUCGGACUCGGGGGCUUUCUGCGGCCAGCGAGGCAGAGCGGCGGCCGCGGCCUCCGCCAGCACGGGCAGCAGCGCUCCCGCGACCCAUCCCGCCAGCCUGGAUCCCGCGCCGCGGACGGCCGCUGGCGCUCCAGGACCGCUCGCUGCCUCCCUAGCGGGUCAGCAGCCCCCAGCCCCUCCGCGGUUCGCGCUGCCCCCAGGCCAGGGAGCCGAGACUCCGCGCCGCGCUCCGGCCCCGCUGCGCCAGCAUGUCCUCGACGGAAGGCUCGAGUCGCACCGCGGACAAGUCUCCGCGCCAGCAGGUGGACCGCCUGCUCGUGGGUCUGCGCUGGCGGCGGCUGGAGGAGCCGCUGGGCUUCAUCAAAGUUCUCCAGUGGCUUUUUGCUAUUUUCGCCUUCGGGUCCUGCGGCUCCUACAGCGGGGAGACAGGAGCAAUGGUCCGCUGCAACAACGAAGCCAAGGAUGUGAGCUCCAUCAUUGUUUUGUUCGGCUAUCCCUUCAGGUUGAACCGGGUCCAAUAUGAGAUGCCCCUCUGUGACGACGACUCCACCUCCAAAUCCAUGCACCUCAUGGGGGACUUCUCUGCCCCCGCGGAGUUUUUUGUGACCCUGGGCAUCUUUUCCUUCUUCUACACCAUGGCUGCACUCGUCCUCUACCUCCGCUUUCACGUGCUCUACACAGAGAACAAGCGCUUCCCGCUGGUGGACUUCUGUGUGACAGUCUCCUUCACCUUCUUCUGGCUGGUAGCUGCAGCUGCCUGGGGCAAGGGCCUCAGCGACGUCAAGGGGGCCACGCGGCCAUCCAGCCUGACUGCAGCCAUGCCCGUGUGCCAUGGAGAGGAAGCCGUGUGCAGUGCCGGGGCCACGCCCUCCAUGGGGCUGGCCAACAUCUCUGUGCUCUUCGGCUUUAUCAACUUCUUCCUGUGGGCCGGGAACUGUUGGUUUGUGUUCAAGGAGACCCCAUGGCAUGGGCAGGGCCAGGACCAGGGCCAGGGGCCCAGCCAGGAGAGCGCAGCUGAGCAGGGAGCUGUGGAGAAGCAGUGAGCAGCCCCCUGGCCACUCCCGAACUGGACAGCGCCUCUUCAACCACCUCGGCUUCCAGGACCUCCCUCUUCCACCUCCAGCUUCCCUCCCUCCUGUCCUGGGCUUUGAGCUUUGCCAUGCGGAUGGGUGGGCAGGCACCAACUGUCGGAAACCUCCCUGUGAUUUCCUUGCCCUCCUUUUGCUGAAGCCCUAGAUGGCAGGAGCCCGGUACUUCCUGUCUAUUCCCUGGACCUGGGCAUCUUGUGGUCUUCGUCAUACUCUCACAGCCUCUGAGAGCCAACCGCUGCAUAAAGUACAGGUUGGGGGCAGACCAGACUCUGCAGACUAUUCCCAGUAUCCACUUCUAUAAACCUGUCUAGCUGCAAUAAAGUGGGGUGGGCAAAUGGGCCAGCAGCCUUUGCCCCAGUUCUUUGCACGGAGGCCCCCCCAGUGGUGUGAUGGUUCUUUCGCUGCUGUCACCUAUCCCCUGCGUCUGCACUGUCUCCAAUCAGCCUCAGCUCUGAGUGCUUCCCACUCGCCCUGUGGCAUCUCUGCCCACAGAGCCCCCCAUAAAGGAAGCUGGGAAACCAACUAGCCUAGAAAGCUCUAGAGGGUCCUAACCAGGAGGACGCAGAUGAACUGUAACUGAGUUGCAACUCCAAGAAACUGAAGCCAGGGAAUUUUCUGGAUAAUCAGUUUCUUCUAUUCACUCAAUCCUCCCAGCACUCCAGGCCCCUGAGGGCACUUUCUAGACCCUCUAAAUCUGCACUUGCCCUAGGAACCCCUUGCCUUCCUCCCUGGCCACCUUCUUGGGCUUGAUGUUACAUUUGGGACACGAGAUGAGAGGUCAGGUGGCAUCUCCAUGUCAGAUGUCCUGCUCCCUGCCCCAGCCUCUGAGCUUUGAGCCCGAGGCACUUCAGAGCCUCUGUGAAGUCUGCCUAGGCCUUCCUUCCAUUCCCACGGGGCCAGGAAGGGGCUGUGGAAGGGCUCAAAGGACCAUCCCAAGGUCCAGCUGCCCUGAGCCCCAGGACAUGGAUGGGUGGGUCAUCUUCCUCACUCUGCGCUCACUUCCUCUCUCUGGCUCCUUCCACUGUCCUUCCCUGGCCCUUCUUUCAAAC